AACGCGACGGCGUUUUCGUGUCGGCGUUUUCACAGAGGCUGAGACUGCAGCUGAGAGAAGUAGAGCUGCUGGAGAAAAGCGAGAAUAAAAACACACUACAGGAGGGACAGAAGAGGAGGAGAAUAACGGAGGUGGAGGAAGAAAACAAGUGAAAUAAUAAUAACAAGCAGAUUAGUGGGAAAAGACUGGAGUGGACUGGCUGGGGAAAAAAAGGAGAAGACAAGUGGAGGAAGAGACUUGCCCUAAAUUAAUAUAAAUAUUUAAUUUGAGAGGUUCCUGCUUUUGUGUGAAGAUUUUUUGGUUUACCUUCUGCACACUAAAAAGGAAGCGACACCAUGACAACAGAAAUGCAGGAGAUCGCCAUCACUGAGGACAAGCCUUUACUUACGGGUCAGGCUGACUCCACCAAGGAUGCUGAGCUGGCGGCUCGGAUUCUCCUGGACCAGGGACAGGAGCACAGCGUUGAGACGCCUCAUGGAGUUCUGCACGUGACCCUUCACGGCACGCGGACCACCCGCAGACCUGCGAUCCUCACCUUCCACGACGUGGGCCUGGACGGUAAGAGCUGCUUCUCGCCGCUCUUUAAGUUCGAGGAGAUGCAGGAGAUCAUCAAGCACUUCACCGUGAUUCACGUCGACGCUCCGGGACAAGAAGAGGGCGCCGCUGCCUACCCAACGGGUUACCAGUUUCCCUCCAUGGACACCAUAGCUGAGAUGAUUCCCGCCGUCCUCCAGUUUUUCAACUUCCGCACCGUUAUUGGCAUCGGUGUUGGAGCGGGAGCGUACAUCCUCUCCAAGUUCACACUCGCAAACCCAGAUUCAGUGGAAGGUCUGGUUCUGGUCAACAUCGACCCCAACGCUCGAGGAUGGAUCGACUGGGCCACUCAGAAGCUCAGCUCAGUGACAUCAUCGCUCACAGAUCAGAUCCUGUCUCACCUCUUCAGUCAGGAGGAGCUGUGCUCAAACACAGAGCUGGUGCACACUCACAGAGACAGGAUCAAUAAAGCGUCGAAUCUGGUCAACAUCGAGCUUUUCUGGAAAACUUACAACAGCCGCAGAGACUUGUGCAUCGACCGCAGCAGCACCUUCAAGUGCCCAGUGAUGUUGGUGGUGGGUGAUCAGGCUCCGUACGAGGAAGCCGCUGUGGAGUGCAACAGCAAACUGGACCCAACAACCACCUCAUUCCUGAAGAUGGCCGACGCUGGUGGUCUCCCACAGCUGACACAGCCCGCUAAACUGACCGAGGCGUUCAAGUACUUCAUCCAGGGCAUGGGCUACAUGGCGUCAUCUUGCAUGACCCGCCUGUCCCGCUCGCGCACCACCUCCCUCUCCUCCUCCUACUCCAUGGACGGCUCUCGCUCCCGCUCCCGCACGCUGUCGCAGGGAUCGCAGGGCGGCCAGAUGCCGUCCAGCCCCUCCCAAACCAUGGAGGUGUCCUGCUGAAGAAAUAUAGCAAGCGAGAGAGUGAGAGAGAGUGAUGGAGAGUGAGAGGGAGAGUGAGGGAAAGCUGAUGAUGCACGACAAUAACACAGGAGCCAGAACGAGUGGGUUUACAGACGGAGGGAGAGAGGAAGACGGAAGUGAAUCCUCCACUUUCUUUUCUCCGCAAAUCCCUGAAAAUAUUAGUUGAGAAGAGAUUGAACGCCAAAUGGUGGAGGUGGGGAAAGAAUGGCGGCCAUUCUACUCUCCCUCCCUCUGUUGGAGGCUCCGCUUUUCCAUGAAACAGUUCUAGCACGGCUCGGCUCGUUUGGUAUCAGUCACGCCAUUUUUUUCCCAUGACUUCAUAGUACCUCCUCAACGUGGGCGGGGCCAUCAUAGCGCGAAACUGCCGCCGCGGCGUUUUAAUACGCAACACAAACAGUCAGUGACGGUCAAAGCAGUUGUUUUGGGUGUAACUGAAUCGUUAGAAUCAGUUCAUUAAAAAGAUUUGUUCACAGAACAAAACUGAAAUAGCACUGACCGGGUCGUGAUUCGGCUCACGGCCCGCCGGCAUUCAGCAGUGCCGUCGCUAAAUACACCAGACUCCUCUGUUAAAUAUUGAGAUUUUAGACAGUUCCUUUGCUAAAUGUCGGAGAUUAACGCAUGCGAUCGAGGCAUUGUUCGCUUUGAUUCUUGCGGCGGACGUCGCGCUCAUGAUUCUUCCAGUGACGACACUCGUAGCCGGCAGUCUGUCGACGUCACGUUUUAGUAUCGGGUCCUCUUCCUUGGAACCUCAACAGAGCAGGUACCAUCGUGAAUGGAAAAGACGAGUCGUGCUAGAACCGUGUAAUGGAAAAGCCCUUUAACGAAGACGAAGGUCGCAGUCGAUAGAGACUGCUCGCCUUUGGGUUAACCAAUAGAAAAAAAUGUUAUAGCUCUUGAUGCUGAUGGUUCUAUUGUUCAUGAUACUGAAGCGAAUAAUAAUAUUAAUGAUGAUGUUGAUGAAAUAGAAGAAAAAAAAAUAACAACACUUUUCUCUUUAUUACUCAACGAGUUUAAAAAAUAACUUAGAUUUAAAAAAAAAAAAACAUACUAUAGCAGAGAUACUUAUAACAAUGUGUGUCUACUACUUUUUAAGCUAGUUUAUAAUUAUCGUGUUAUGUUUAUUUUGUUUUCUUUAAAUUCUAUUUUCUAAUCUGUAAACCUGCCUCAGCGAAGAAAAGGGAGCUACUGAUUGGUCACAUGGGGGACCCGUUAUCCGUGACCGUACUUCCUGCGUAACGUUGCCUGGUUCUUUACGUCUUCCAUUUGCCCCGUUUGUACGCGACUGUCUUGUUUUCCCUUUGGAUUCGAGGAAGUAUAAGCAGAAGUUGUUGUUUUUUUUGUCUUUCAGUUUGGAAGUUGCAUGCGUGGCAUCAGCCCAUGUGAAUACUGACCAGAUGAUCUUUUAUAUGAGCUGCGUGGAUUUGAAAAUGCAGGUGUGUUUUGGGGGUUUUUCGUGAUGAAAGUGUUGGCAGGUAAACGCAAAGACGCAAGACUGAGGGUGUCUGCACGCGUUAGCUAGCUAGAUAGCACCCUGUUGCUAACGCUAGUUGCACGCUGAAUAGUGCUUCCAACACUGCUGGCCGUGCUAAUAUCCAGUCUCGUGUGCUACUUACCAGGGAGCGUUACAUCACCGAGUGGUAAUGCGAGGAUGGAUAUUGUACUGUAGUGUCCGAUGUGGCCAGAAGGGGUCACUGUGCUCCCGUUCUGUGUUCACACAGGGCGUGAGUGUCGGUAAAAAAAUUGUCAACACACAGACGCGAGUGGAUGCAAUCUGUGCGAAUGGCGUGACGACGCUCGAGUUGGAAAUGUUCAACCUUGGCAAAGAGUUUGCGUUGACGCGAUGACCAAUCAGCACUGAGGUUCUCCGGAUGAGGUCACGUACUUUUUAGCUUCGUUCCGCGGCCGGGCCAGGAUUUCCCGGAGUGAUACCAACUCCAGGCGUUUCGUCCCAUAUGUGGAGCGUCUGCUCGUCAUACGAAAGUAUCGUUCUCAUCCGUAAGUUGUUUCCGGCUCCGGAUGGUGUUAUGAAACCCCACAAAACGGCGGUUUUCUUCUCUGCGGGCGUACUGAGGUGUGAAAAGAAAUACCCAUUACAAAAUACGACCUUUUCCAGAAUUUGCAUCAAAAGCGCGAAAAAUUCACGUUCGGCGUGAACUUGACAUUAGCCAUGCCCGUACAUGGAUACCUCCUCACAAACCCAGCAUACUUGAGUUUAAGUGCAUGCGACAAGAGGUGAAAUGAACAUGCACUCCUUUCCAGCAACAAGCGACUUUAUUCAGAUAAUUCAAGAGAAUUUUGUGUGUGUCUGUGUGUGAGUUUAUCUAAAAAAAGAGUGUGCGGCGUGUGCGUCUUGUUAGCACAGAUGCAGCCAGAAGUGGACAAAUGUCUGGGACCUUUACAAAGGUUUAGUGAUAAUCAGAUGGGCGUCAAGAAUCCAUUAGCAUCGGGAAGAGAACAAACGGUGCUGUCAUCAGUAUUUAUGUCACGUUAAUUCCAUCUUUGCUGACAUUUUCUGGUUCCCAACCAUACCUUAAUGAUGAGACGCGACUAGCAUAACGCGAUUAUGUUUGACGUGGUGCUACGUAGUUUACUCUCCAGCAAACAAGUGCCCAAAUGUUGCCCUAAUGACUGAAGCUAGCACUCAUUGUGGUUCAACGUGUAGCUAGUGAGAUUAGUUUUGUCUCACUUUAAAUUCAAUUUAGCUAAAAAUGCAGCACCUCGACUGCUAGCACACAAGCUAACAUGGUGUUUCAGCACCACAUACAGGUCUGGCAUAUUUCUUGAAAUUGUUCUGUGUUUCCAGAAAGCUUUUUAAGACGUCUGUACAGGGAACGUUAUGUUCCCGCGUGGCUAAGGCCGUAUUCCUGACCAUGAACCAGCCCGUUCACUGCCACCAGGUGGAGAAGAAGUGUUGCCGCAAAGGUCUAUAAUCAGCCAGUAUCUGAAGCAACUGACCUGGAAUCGCUGCCAAACUCAACUGCCAAAAACCUAAGGCUCAAAAUUUCUACGGCAGAAAGGCUGUGAGCAAAACACGUUGCGUCUUUUUGAGCAUCAGUUAUUGCGUCUCUGUCACUGAAUCGUCGUUCAUGUUUCAACAGAAGAUCAAUACAAAGCUUAACCACUGCCGUUUGACGGGUACAUGUAGCCGUUAGACUUGACCGUACGUGUGAAGGACCCGUAAAUUAAAAACAAUCCAGUAUCCGUGGAGCAAAUUGUGCAUUUUUAACAAAAAAAAAAAAGCAGUAUCAUCUUUAUGUCCUGUUUUUUUCCACAUGCUAACUCUUCUGUUCCUACAAACCUGUUGGAUGAAGUUCACAUGAAUGAGGAGAGUGACGGUUAAGUCAUUGGAAGGUCUUUGAAAUGGAUUUUUCGCCGCUGUCCAGAGUGAAGAGUGUAAAUAUUUUUGCCCCUCCCCGAUGGAAUUUUUUUUUUUUGUAUCAGAAAUGGGAUAAAGGAGGGAAGCAUAGAAUAAAAAAAAAAUCCAAAUAACGAAAAAGGAGCAGAGCUUCUUUUGGAGCGUUGGGCUGUGUGAUUGUAAAUGCUCGUCCAUUUUUUGUCUCACUUAAUUUUUACUUUAUUUUUUUUUUUCCCUUUCCCCUUGUGUUUUUUUUCGGGGGGGAUUUCUUUUCUGCUCUAUGUGAAGUGUCAGUUUACCGUCCCAGUGUGCUCACAACUUACUUAACUGUGUGAUAGCUCUUGUGAAACUUUUUUAGCAUUAGCACCGAUAAGGGAGAAUAAUAUAAUUAACAAAUAAAAAAAAUU